GGGGUGGAGACCUACAGGGUAUAAAUACGGCUCCCAUGCCCGGUAGUCACCUUCCUACGCACCUUCACAAAAUAUACAAUGUGGAACUUUACACAGCUGACGUUCGUCCUUCUCAGCGUUGCCGGUGAGUGUUGUUCAACUUGACUUUUACUUAAUUAGUGGCAGUCAAAUAGUUUAAUUAAAAAACAAUAAAAAGCAAACUGCCAUUGUUGGCACACGCGCACAUUUUAAACUAGAGAAAACAUGCACAAUCUGUCGUUUAGAUUGGAAAUCAAAUCUGCCGUUAAAUCAUAAUCACCCUAAGGCUUGACAUCUUUCUCUAUUUUAGUUUUGGCCCGAGGAGCGAGUCUCCCUGACGGCACCACAGAGGUAAACAGGCUAAACGGUUUGUUUAUGUUUUGGAGUGAAAGGCUGGAUUAGUUAGUAAUGUAGAACAGUGAUAUGGGUCUUUCUCUGGACAAAAUUAAAUUGUUCACCAAGUACACCUGUAUGUAUACAGUCACUACGUGGUCAACAAUUGGUUGACAUGACAGUCAGGGGUGUAUUCAUUAAUCGGAUUCCGUUGCAAAACGUUUUGCAAUUAACCGUUUACUCCAAAUAUAAAACGUUUUGCAAUGAACGAGAAUUUCUAUUGGACAAAUGCCCUGUUUUGUUGCGUUUGGUUCCAAGAGUAACUGUAAAUGGCUUUGCAAAACGUUUUGCAACAGAAUUCGACUAAUGAAUACACCCCAGGUGCACUACGCCAGUGGAAAGAGCAGGAAACUUAUGGUUUGUUAUCUGUUCUGUUCAUAUUGUGUCAUACCAGGGCACCAGUACACUAUGUUACCAAUACCUCUCUCUAUUUGAGACCAAAGUCCUUUAUUACAUAACCUGUUUUUUUGUCCAACAGGCUGACUGUUCCCAGUACAGCAUGCCCAUGUGCCCCCGGAACUAUGAGCCAGUGUGUGGAAGCGAUGGCACCAGCUACUCUAACGAAUGCAUGCUGUGCUUUGAAAACAUGUAAGAAACCAACUAAAGCUUUCAACAACUUGUUUUGCUCUGUGCAAGUCUGCCUGCCUGCCUGUCUGUGCCUGCCUGCCUCGUUUCGCUCUGUGUCUUUUAAUUCCGCUCUGUGUGUGUUCCCAGGGAGCAGAAGAGUGACGUUCACAUCAGGCGUAAAGGAGAGUGCUGAACCAGACGUGACCGUCCAUCGUCUCAGCGACACACCAGGCCCUCAACAUUACUUUGAACCAUUUCCUGUUGCCUUGUCAAAACACUGACCUCUAUUCUAUUGCCUUCUAAACGCUGACGAGUCAGUAAGCUGUCUCAAUAUACUCAACACCUGUUUCCUUCUCCAAACCUUACGUGCUUUGUCAAAGUCUUCUGUAGAGCACUUAACCCUUCACUAGCUAGUCUUUAAGACUUGUGUAGUGUACUUCUUGGUAAUAAAAUGAUCAACUUGUAAAAUGGUAUUUUAAAUAGAGUAGUCUUCAUCGUGUUAGCUUCACUUGUCCACCUUUUUAUCUGUAAUUAAAACUAUUUUAACAGUCA